AUGGCUCCCAUCACAGACGACGUUGUCGCUGGACUCAAGUCCACGAUUGGAAAGCUCGAAGCUCGCAUUGAGGACUUGGAAAGCCGCCUUGUCGGCGGUGAAUCCAAGCCCAAGUCGGUCGCGGAGCACAUGCGCAUCAUUCUUAUGGGACCUCCCGGUGCCGGCAAGGGUACCCAGGCUCCUAAGAUCAAGGAAAAGUACUGUGUGUGCCACCUGGCCACCGGUGACAUGCUGCGAUCCCAAGUCGCAAAGAAGACGGACCUCGGAAGGGAGGCCAAGAAGAUCAUGGACCAGGGUGGCCUUGUCAGCGACGAGAUUAUGGUUAACAUGAUCAAGAGUGAACUGGAGAACAACACGGAGUGCAAGAACGGUUUCAUCCUGGACGGCUUCCCCCGCACGGUCGCCCAGGCUGAGCGCCUCGAUGAGAUGCUUGUUGCUCGCAACCAGAAGCUCCAGCACGCCGUCGAGCUCAAGAUCGACGACGCCCUCCUGGUUGCCCGUAUCACCGGCCGUCUCGUCCACCCUGCUUCCGGCCGUUCAUACCACAAGAUCUUCAACCCUCCCAAGGAGGCCAUGAAGGAUGACAUCACCGGCGAGCCCCUUGUCCAGCGCUCUGAUGACAACGCCGAGGCCCUCAAGAAGCGUCUGGUUACCUACCACGCCCAGACCGCCCCUGUUUGCGAUUACUACAAGAAGACCGGCAUCUGGCGCGGCAUUGACGCCAGCCAGGAGCCCGGUCAGGUGUGGAAGAGCCUUCUCGGUGUCUUCAAGAACUAA